UUAAUAACAAGUCUGUUAUAAAUGAAGCAAUGGUUAAAGAUAAUAUCAGCGGAGCUGGGACGACCAAUGUUCACCCGUCUCAAGAAUUACGUGAAAGUAUUGAAACAGUGAUCAAGUCUUUUACAAAGCGACAGAAUACUAUUAAUGCGAUAUCCAGUAUUGUUAGUCAACAAAAUAUUAUAAACGCGAUAACAAACCCGGAUAUUUCUCGGCAACAUAUUCCAUGCAAAGCUAGAAAAAAACCAAUUUUUAAUGAUACCGCAUCUGAGUCCUUAUCCACAUCUGAAUCUGGGUCUAGUUCUGAAUCAUCUAAUGAUGAUGAAGAUUUUACUGUGAAAGCAAAGAAGCAUGAUUAG